AUGCUCUUGGUCAUACUUUUACCAGCUCAAGCGGGAAAGUGCCCAAAGUUCUGCAUCUGCGACAACUCCCAACUCACCAUGGCCUGUAUCGGCAAGAAUCUGACUCAGGUUCCCCCCACGAUAGAUGAGAUUACAGUGAAACUGGACCUGAGUAAAAACGAUAUCCAGGUGCUGCCGACCCAUGCGUUCCUGCACAUCCCGCACCUCACGCACCUCACCCUGCAGCGGUGUAACAUCAGGGCGGUGCGUGAGGGGGCCUUCCGCACCCUGGGGCGCCUGGUCUCCCUCAACCUGGCCAACAACAACAUCGAGAUCCUUUACCAGGAGUCUUUUGACGGCCUGUCAUCCCUAAAGCAGCUGACGUUGGACCAUAACCGUGUUGAGGAGAUCCAGCCAGGGGCCUUCACUCAGCUGGGCUUCCUCAACAUGCUGUCCCUCACACAUAACCAGCUGGUGUACAUCCCCAACAUGGCCUUCCGGGGCCUGCACAACAUCAAGUGGCUGCGUCUCAGUCGCAACUCCCUCAACAACCUGGCCAUGGAGGCCUUCGCUGGCCUCUUCACCCUCACACGCCUCAGCCUCGACCACAAUGAGCUGCAGUUCUUCCCCACACAGACUAUGACCCGACUGGCUCAAGUCACCCGCCUGGACCUGAGCUACAACCCCAUGACCUACCUGGGUGAGGAUACUGUCUCCAUGCCGAAGCUCACCCACCUCUACCUGGACCACAUGUCUCUCCAGGACCUCUCAGACACAGCCAUGUCCCAGGCCCCCCUCCUCUCCCACCUGGACCUCAGCCACAACCAGCUGCGCUACCUGGAGCCCCUCUCUGGCCCCAUGGAGCUAGCACGCCUCAACCUAACAGGAAACCCCAUCCACUGCAACUGCUAUCUGAGGCCCCUGAAGGAGUGGGCCAAGAAAGGGAAGGUGAAGUUGAUGGGGGUCUGCGUGGGUCCCCCUCACCUCUCUGACGAGCCUCUGGAGGCAGUGGGGCCUAUGGAGCUGCGCUGCCGGAGCAGGGAGGACAUGAUAAAGGAGGAGUUUGAAGAGCAGGAAGAGAGCAGGGAGCGUGCACUGCCCACAGCCAAGCCUAAGAAGAAGAGCAAGUGUCCAGAUAACUGUGACUGCGAUGUGAAGGCUCAGCACACCACAUGUGAGAACCGUGGUCACACCAAAGUCCCCUACGGCUUCCCCUCUAAUACCCAGCUCCUGGACCUGCGCAGCAACCACUUCCAUUACGUCCCUAGCAACAGUUUCCCCGGCACAGACCAGGUGGUCUCUCUGCAUCUGGAGCACUGCAAGGUCCGUGAGAUCGAAGGCAGUGCCUUCCGGGGCAUGAAGGGACUGGUGUACCUCUACCUGUCUGACAAUGACCUCACCUCCCUGGGCUCAGAGACUUUCACUGGGGCCCCUGAACUCACCUACCUCCACCUGGAAGGGAACCAGCUGGCCAUGUUCCCUGGAGCUGCCCUGGCCCCCCUGCCCAGCCUGCUUGUGCUCCACCUGGAGCGGAACACUAUCGGUAAGCUGGAGCGGACAGGCCAGCUCUCCUCAGUCCCCAAGCUGAGAGGACUCUACCUGACCAAUAACACCAUAGCCACUAUAGCCCCCGGCGCUCUCAACUCCGCCCACCUAGAUACUCUUCACCUGGGGUCCAAUCAGCUUGCUGAGGUGCCUACCGACGGGCUGUCCAAGGUCUCCAGUUUGACCGAGCUCUACCUCUCUGGAAAUUCCAUUCGCUGGGUCGGACCAAAGGCGUUCCUUCCUGUGUCCAAGAGCCUGAAGCAGCUGUAUAUGGAUGACAUGGGUCUGGAGAAGAUGUCCAGAGACUCCCUGGCGGGGCUGGGCUCUGGGCUGACCACUCUGUCUCUGGGGGGGAACCAGCUGGAGGAGCUGCCUGACCUGAGCCCAUUCACUGGGCUGAAGGUCAUCAACCUGGCCCACAACCCCCUGCUAUGUGAUUGCACCCUGCUGCCACUCCGCAGGUGGAUGGAGAAUGUGAGUCUGAAGAUGACAGCCACCUGUGGUCACCCUCCUGAGUUCCGGGGCCAAAGUGUAAGGGAUGUCCAUGUCUUUAAGAGCUGUCCAGGGGAGAGUGCUUCUCCUGGCAAGACCUUCAAAGGAUUCAAGGACACAAAAUCAAUAAAACCCAAACCCACUCUCCUCAAGGUGACCAUGGCAAAAGCCAAGCCAGGAAAGGCUAAACCCAUGCCAACCAAGCCCAAAGCCAAGCCUCUGAAGAACCCUAAGGCAACAGCAUCACAAAAAAACAAGACUGUAAUAAAAAGUAGGAAAUCAGUGAUGUAAAUGGCUAUAAUUCUACUGCUUGGACAGAACUCUAUAUGCACCAAACGGACAAGUGCUAUU